AUGAGCCAGGAACAGCCGCAAAGGCCAAAACCCGUUAGAUAUGGAGACGUUUUCCACGUUCAAGGUGAACUAGCGUCGAAACCCGUAGCUCCACAGGAUUCAAUCGCCUUUAUGGCCGCUGAAAACAUUGCACUGGGUAAGACUCAGGAAGGUGGUCCUGCCGCCGUUGUGCAAUCAGCGGCUGAUGUCAACGAGACGCACGGUGUUGUUCAUCACGACGACAUGACGAAUAUUGUUAGAGAAGAGGGUAUUGGUGGCCCCGAUGUAAUUACUAUUGGAGAAGCACUCGAAGCGACUGCUUUUUCGGCUGGAAACAAGCCCGUUGAUGAAAGUGACCCUGCCGCCGUACAGGCGGCGGAGAUUCGUGCCACUGGGCUUUGUCAUGCGGUGCCUGGUGGUGUCGCGGCUGAAGCCCAAUCAGCCGCCGCAUAUAAUGCCCGGACAAUGCGAGACGAGGACAAGACCAAACUUGGCGAUAUUUUGAUUGAUGCGGCUACAAAACUUACCAAUGCAAACCCAUCUCUCAAGAACUCAUACAUCGUUGAGAUCAUGGGAACUUUGGCACACGAUAAUGAGAAUGUACACACUGAAGAGUAUGUAUCAUUGGGUCUUAAAGAAUCGGGGAUUGGAAAUUUAGGAACCCCCCAAGUUUUAUCACUUUUAUCUACACUUCUUGAGAGAUCUGUUCAGAAAAAUGAAAGGAUACUAGAGGCCACAAAGACAAAAGAUGCUAUCACAAUAUUUCACGGUUCGAGAGCACCUUCUUUGGGCAUUCGUCAAUAUAUUGAUCGAAUUUUCAAGUACUCGCGCUGCAGCCCAUCAUGCUUUGUUAUUGCACACAUAUAUGUGGAUAGAUUCAUUCAACGGACAAAUAUGUUGUUAACAUCCCUUAACAUUCACCGAGUUAUUAUCACCAGUGUAAUGGUAGCAGCAAAAUUUAUUGAUGAUGCAUUCUUCAAUAAUGCAUAUUAUGCUAGAGUGGGAGGCGUAAGCACGGCAGAGUUGAACAAGUUGGAGAUGAAGUUUUUAUUUGGUCUCGAUUUCCAACUUCAUGUGACGCUGCAGACAUUCAGGAAGUAUUGUUCUCUGUUGGCAAAGGAUGCCACAGACGUGCUUCAGAUUGAACGCCUCAUCUCAGGCAUGUGGAAUGAAAAAGAGUUGGCAAAAAAAAGAUGA